CGGCCCGGGUCGCGCGUCUUCCCACCCCCUGGUAGGCUCGCGCCGUAGCGUCACCACAUCCCUCGGUUCUGUGGUCUUGCUGCCGCGAGGAGGACGCUCUACAGAUUCCGUGCCGGCCAACUCCCUUCCCCGCGUCUCUGCGACCGCCGCGACGAAGAUGGCCUCAGGAGUGCAAGUUGCUGAUGAAGUAUGUCGCAUCUUUUAUGACAUGAAAGUUCGGAAGUGCUCCACACCAGAAGAAAUCAAGAAAAGAAAGAAGGCUGUCAUUUUUUGUCUCAGUGCGGACAAAAAGUGCAUCAUUGUAGAAGAAGGCAAAGAGAUCUUGGUUGGAGAUAUUGGUGUAACCAUAACCGAUCCUUUCAAGCAUUUUGUGGGAAUGCUUCCUGAAAAAGAUUGUCGCUAUGCUUUGUAUGAUGCGAGCUUUGAAACCAAGGAGUCCAGAAAAGAGGAGUUGAUGUUUUUUUUGUGGGCACCAGAACUAGCACCUCUGAAAAGUAAAAUGAUCUAUGCAAGCUCCAAGGAUGCCAUCAAAAAGAAAUUUCAAGGCAUAAAACACGAAUGUCAAGCAAAUGGGCCAGAAGACCUCAAUCGGGCUUGUAUUGCUGAGAAGCUAGGUGGAUCCUUAAUUGUAGCUUUUGAAGGAUGCCCCGUGUAGACCAUCAUUCAGUGCCACAAACCGAAAGCUUCCGUGUUCAAUGUUAUUCUCUUUCUGUAUAAGUAAAGCAAAUAUAUUUAGGCCAGGGUCUCACUGAGGGGGAGCUGUCUUAAAUCAUCUUGUAAACGAAAUAUUCUAUAAACGUGUAAAUGGCCCUAAAUACAUCUAAAGCUAAAGUUUUA